AAGAAAGAAAGAGACGUUCUGCAAGAAGCGUUUUUGUCAGUAAGGGGUAGUUCGUCAAUUCCCUGCACAUAGCAUGGGGUGAAUAUUAUUAUCCUUAGAGCGAUAUGAUGAUGUAGCACAUUGUGAAGCAAACAGUUUCAACACACAUGUUACCCCCUAUGAUCCCCCAUGUUUUCAUUCGGGCUUGUUGUUUCUUGCUCGGUUUAUGCCCUGGCCCUGAGUUUGGCUUCCGGCUCCCUGAAGGUUGUUGCGAUCAAACAAAUCACCGAAGAUGCUCGGAUGAGAUCAGAGCAGCAGCUCGCGUUCGUGCGCGAGAUGAGUGUCUUGACUCAGGUGCGGCAUGAAAAUUUAGUCCAGUUGUACGGCGUGUGCCUGGAUUCUCCGCCGCUGCGCAUUGUCACGGAGUUCUGCGGUGGUGGCGCAGCCUUCGAGCUGCUCCACGGCUCACCACACAUCGACCUGGUCUACUCACAGCAGAUCAAAAUGUGCCGAGAUGUGGCCAGGGCCAUGUGCUAUUUGCAUACCUUUAACCCAAUGAUCAUCCACAGAGAUUUAAAAUCUCUGAACCUUUUGCUUGACAAACCGGUCAGAGGUCCGACGGAUUUGCCUUUGAUCAAAGUUUGCGACUUCGGUGUCGCCAAGUUCCAGGAGCAAGCGGGCUCUUGGGGGCAGAUGACGAAUCAGGCAGGCACCAAGCAUUGGAUGGCCCCAGAGAUGUGGGCGGGCUCAACCUAUGAUGAGAAGGUAGAUGUGUUUUCCUAUGCUAUGGUCAUCUAUGAAAUUAUUUGCCGCGAAGUCCCUUUCGAGGAUGAGGAACCGACAGAUGUCGGAAAAUACACUGUCGCCGGCCUUCGCCCUGACAUGGAUGCGGUGCCACCAGACUGUCCAGUGGAAUUGAUCAAAAUCAUGAAGGCGUGCUGGGCUCAAGAUCCCUCGGAGCGGCCAUCGUUUCCCAAAGUCUUGGAGGGAAUUGAAGCCCUGCGGAUUUGAUUCCAAGUUCAACCUCACACCGGUGUGUCGCCUUUACGGUGGGUCUGACAGGGUUGGCCAAAUUGCGUGAUUUGAUUUCACAGUGGCAGAACAGUAAACAGCCGUUCUUUGGCGAGC